CCCUGCUCAGGCGGCUUUAAUUAGACGACGUCUGCUGACGACGGAAGCUUGAAACUGUGUUCGAAUUUAUUGACUGCUCCUCACGGCCACGCGCAAAUUGUUUCCAUUGUCUGUCGUGCGCAAAGCAGGCGUCUGUCUGUCUGGAUCCUGGACAAGAGAUACCCGACGCUGUCGAAGCGGGAAAUGGAGGACAGCCCGCGCGUCUCGUGAGGCCACGGACUUGAUGAUGACGAUGAUGCUCCGUCCCCUGCGACGCGUGCGCGCUGUCCGGCUGCGGCCCGUUGCCGGACAUGGCCACCACAUGUACCAAUGCGCAUUCUCGUCGCAGUCUGCAAGCAGGAGCGGUGAGUCCAUCCCGUCUCCCCGAGUCUCGAUGUGGAAAUGCACCCUUGCAAGCCGUCGUGCCGCGAUGCGACGGCGGAGGAGGAUCCGGUGCUGCGUCUCGGGAACCGCCCGAAGUACUGCUGCGCGCAUCGGGCCGGCGGAGCGCCUGCAUGAGGCACCCGACCGCAGAUGCAGAUGGUCGACGACGACGAUGCCAUCGCGAGCGUUCAUGUUCUUCACGGCGCUAACAAGCAACUUGAACAGAACAACAGCCCUCGCCAGAGACCAUCUCCAUCACCGCCACCAACCCCGGCCAAGGCAGCAACCAUGGGGGCAAGCGCGCCGACGAGCCGUCCGUCUUCGCCAAGAUGGGCGAGUCGGCGGCCACCACGUUUGCCUCGAUCCUGGUGCUCGGGCUCGGCUUCGCCGCCGCGGGCUACAUCUACCACAAGAGCUACAAGAUGCUCGUGAUGCAAAAGAUGACGCGCGCCUUCAAGCCGGGCGACCCGGUGCUCGAGCUGGCCGCCAUCGGCAAGGACGUGCCGCACGCUCAGCACAGCCAUGCCGACGACGAGCACUGGGUCGUGCGCCCCGAGCAGACACACAUCGACGACAUCGUCAGCGGGCGCGAGGUCGGCCACUACUACCUCAUCAUGGGCGACAAGGGCAGCGGCAAGAGCAGCAUGAUCAUCGAGGCGAUGCGCAAGAACGACGGCGACGGCAUCGCCAUGUUCGAGGCGCACUCGGACCCGGAAAUCUUUCGCAUCCGCCUCGGUAAGGCGCUCGACUACGAGUUCCACGAGGACUACAUCGGCGGCUACUUCAGCGAGCGCGGGCCCCGCGAGUCGACGGCCCUGCUCGACAUUGAGCGCGCCCUCAACAAGCUCGAAAAGGUGGCCAUGCGCCUGUUCCGCGAGCGCGGCAAGCCCCUCGUCGUCAUCGUCAACCAGAUGCACCUGCUGCGCAACGACGAGGACGGCCGCGACCUCAUCGAGCUCCUGCAGCAGCGCGCCGAGCAGUGGGCCGCCGCCAACCUCGUCACCAUGGUCUUCAACUCGGACGACUACUGGGUCUACGAGCGCCUCAAGAAGCUCGCCGCCCGCAUGGAGGUGCUGCCCGUCACCGACCUGCCCAAGGCCCAGGCCAUCAGCGCCCUGCACAAGUACCGCCUGCGCUACUUUGGCGAGCACCUGCCCAAGGCCCGCCUCGAGGAGGUCUACGACAAGGUCGGCGGCCGCCUGAGCUUCCUGAACCGCGUCGCAAAGAGCCGCGACAUGCUGCAGACGUGCGAGCGCAUCAAGGACACGGAGAAGAAGUGGUUCCUGAACCAGUGCUGGAUCCUCGGCUCGGAGAUGGACGACGACGUCAUGGACCAGCAGAAGUGGGCUGCCGCCGCCAUGGUGCUGGCGCAGGCCCUCGUCGACAAGGAGGCCGACAUGGAGCGCACGUACGAUCCCGUCAUCGGCCACCUCCUCCCGUCGUACCCCUUCCACAUCGCCCAGGAGCUCAUGACGCGCUGCGACUUCAUCCGCGACCUCGACCGCAUGAACCUCUUCACCAUCACGAGCCAGGCUGACGUGCGCGCCAGCAGCGUGCCCAUGCACCUCGCGCUCCGCGAGAUUUGCGCCCAGGAAGGGUUCCGCAAGCACCUCGAAGACACCAUUGAGCGCAUCGGCGACAUCGAGAGCCUCGGGCGCACGAGAGAGCUGGUGGCCAAGGAUCUGGUCCUGGGCGGACAGUACGACAUUAGCAGUUCCGGCAGAGGCGCCAUCACGGUCAAGUUGAAACAGGCCGACGAGGACAAGGAUGAAAAGUGAUGUUGACCGCUGGGC